CGAGCAACACGUGAUGCAGCCGCUUAUCAGCUUUAGGGAGCAGCGCUGCUUCGGAACGCGUGUGGAAGACGGACCAAACAAGAAAAGAGCCACAAAGUGACUUUUCUACUCCGUGUUCGCGAGGAACGUCGACGGAUUUCUUUCUUUUGAGCGUUUGAGGAGGAAAACAAUGCGCCGGGGUUAGUCGACGAACUUUGAACAUCCUCUAAAAACGCCAUUUUGGGCGCUCCUCUCCGGAACGAGGUUGCAGUGGGAGGUUUUUUUUUUUUCUCCCCCCUUUCGUUCUCUCCAAAGUCCAUCAUCUGCUUUUCACCAUCAUCACGGAGCGCAGCAGGCUGGCCGGCCCGGACCUACUCCACCCCAUGGAGAGUGCCUUACCUGAGAAGAGGUGUGUUGAAGAUGGCAAAGCCUCUCAGCAGCAAGAGGAGCUUUCCACACCGAUGGAAGAGAAGCCGCAGGGUGACCCGGACCACCCCGGAGCGGCGGGAAAAGAGAACGGAACUGAGGAAGAGCGAGACAAGGACGGAGCCGAGCAGAAGGAUGAAGAUGACGGAGAGGAAGACGGAGAGUCCUGUGCCAACUCGACAACACAUACUGAAACAAACACUGGCCAAAUGAACGGCGACGCUGAGGACGCUGCCUCGAACCCGUCUCCUAAAACCCCCGGCAAAUCUCCCUCUGCUAACCGCACCGGCAGGAGGAACCAGGAAGUGAAAGAUCGUUCUUCCUUCAUCUGUCCGCUGUGUGAUAAGAACUGCCAGACGCAGCAUUAUCUCACUAUGCAUAUACGACAGCAUAACACAGAGAUCGGAGGUAGCGACCACUCAUGUAGCAUCUGCGGAAAGGCGCUGAGCUCGGCCAGCUCUCUGGAUCGCCACAUGCUGGUCCACAGCGGAGAGAGACCCUAUAAAUGCUCAGUGUGUGGUCAGACCUUCACCACCAAUGGAAACAUGCACAGGCACAUGAAAAUUCAUGACAAGGGCCCAAACGGUGUCCCAGCCUCACAUCCUGUUUCCCCAAGCAAGCGCCGCAAACCCACCAAGAGAAAACUAAGCGUAGAGGAUGAUGGAGAGAAAACCAAUGAACCACCCAAUAAAAAGGUAUUUGCAGUGCACGGAUCUGGGGAGCAAAGCCCCGCCAAGCGUGAAGAAGACCUGUUGCACUGUCCAAUCUGCUUCAAGACAUUCAUCUGUAAAUAUGGUUUGGAGUCACACAUGGAGACACAUCCUGACACUGCACUCAGGUGUAACCUGUGUUGUAUCACUUUCCGCACCCAUCGAGGCCUCCUUCGUCAUAAUUCCGUUAUUCAUAAGCAGCUGCCCACAGAUCCCAAUGGACGACCAUUUAUCCAGAGUAACCCUUCCAUACCUCUGGGCUUCAGUGAUCUGUCCUUCAUCGACUUUUCUUGCAGCAAAUUCCCCCAAAUCGCACAGGUCUGGUGUGAAACAAAUUUGCGACGUUGCUCGAGCAAAUUUCAUAGGUUUAUUUGCGAAGUAUGCAACAAGGCCUUUCCUCUCCAAGUCUCUCUAGAUCUACACAUAAUCUCUCACAAAGAUGAUGAUGCCGAACCCCAGAAGCAGGAAAAUGACACUAUUUCAGAUACAGCCAAAGAUUCUGGAGAUUCCAAAGAGAUAGUUGAAUCAGUACAACAGGAGGCCAGCGUAACUUUAAAUGGGAAGAAUGAUUUUAUGGAGUGCCUUGGUCUACAGCAUUCUUCACUCGCUAAGCCUGAACAGACUGAGGAGGAGAAACAGCAAGAAAUUUUGGACAGCAUUCGUUUUAUUCGUGUUGAGCCCUCUGCAACAAAUCUACCUCAAGAGACCAAUAGUAGUCUUGGCCUCUGUCUUCUAGAUCCUGUCUCUCUUCAAGGCUUAAAUAAGGGUAAUGGUCUCAGCCUUUUAUCACUGCAGCCACUUCAGGGUGGUUUGGUUGUCCGGCCUGUCAGUCAAACAGGAGUGGAACUUGCUGAUAUCCAACAGAUCCUGAAGAUGGCUGCUGCUAUUCCAUCUCAGAUGACUUUGCCACUGCUUCCAAAAGGUGCAGAAGGUCCUCUGCAGGCAGAACCCAAACAAAUUACUCCUCUCAAACCCAAGCCACUGGUGACUCCUCGAUCCAGCAUGGGAACCUCCACGCCACCUCCACCAGUGAUGAAUGCCCAGCAAGCCUCUUCAGGUUGCAUCAGCCCCAGCUUGCCACCCCCUACAGCCCAAAUUCUUACUUCCAAACAGUCAUCAAAUACCCCAUCUUCCUCAACGUCUUCCUCGCCUACAAAUUGGGAGAACACAAAUCUAGUGGGAGAUGGCACAGGGCCAACAAUAAUGACUACUGGGGAAAUUAAGCAGGAAGAGGUCCAAGGUAAAGAAAAAGAUAUGAGAACCUCAGGUGGCAAAAAGGUCCCAAAGACAGAAUAUCCAUGUCGCUUCUGUACGCAAGUGUUCUCCUUCCCAGGAGGCCUCCAGGCUCAUAUGCGAGCUCAUCACUAUGGAGCUUCUCCAUACAAGUGUAGCAUCUGCACCUACACUGCUCCGGACAAUGCCACAUUAAUGCGGCAUUUACGAACACACAGCGGUGAACGUCCCUAUGUCUGUCGCCUCUGUCACUACCCUUUUACAGUCAAGGCCAACUGUGAGCGUCAUUUGCGCAAGAAGCACAUGAAAAACACUCGCAAGGAGAUUGAGAAAAACAUUGAGUACAUUACCCCAUCCUCAAGUGCAAGCAGUUUAGUUGGGGGUACUACACAGGACCUUGUGGAUUCGGCUAAUAUUGGCAACACAUCCUGCCGCUACUGUGGAGAGGACCUGAAGACCUACAGGGCUCUACAGAUUCAUCUCAGAACUCUCAAUGGCUGUCAGAGGAAACCAUUUGAAUGUCGCCAGUGCGGCGCAGCCUUCCUCGCCAAAAGGAAUUGUAUCCAUCACCUGCUUAAGCAACACUCAGAAGUCCAAGAGAGGGAAAUUGAAGAUCAUAUAAACACUCUUGUUCCUGUCACAGCUCCUACUUGUGUCCAGACCAACUCUGCUGCUCAGUCUCAGUCAGGAAAUCAAAAUCUAAGUACUUUCUCUGAAGCUGCAGUUCAAGACCAGCCCUUGGAUUUCUCCAGCAAAACAUUGAAAACUAUUCAUUCUGAUAUAAAACCAGAGGCAGCUUCUCCCUCUCUGUCAAAUGACUGUUCCAUGGAGCCUAUCGAUCUGUCUAUUCGCAAGGAUAUGGAAGGAAAGAAAAUAAAGAUAGAACAAGUUGAUACAACCUCAUCGUAUCGCCAAGAGGUCAAGAAAGAGCUUCCUUCUCCAAGUACUGUCAAGUUUAUAGGAAAGGUAUCGGGUGUCCAUACAUCCCUUCCAGCAACCAUGCCUAGCCUUGCCUCUACACUGACAAGUGACAUGACCAAGCCACCCAUACGCCUAAAGCCACUGCUGCCGAAACCUGCUGCUGCCUCCAACACUUCAGAAAUGCCACCUCUGGCCUCCAUUGCCCAAAUCAUCUCUUCCGUCUCAGCUGCACCGGUGCUGCUGAAAACAGGAAUAAACUCUGAUAAAAGUGAUGGAGUGGUCAGUGGUGAAACACUAAUGGAUAAAAAGUGUUCCAAUGGCACUGCAAGUCCUGGUUCUUCUUUCAGUUGUCCAUCCCUUGAGGCAUCAAAGAGGAGAGGCAAGAAAAGGCCAUUCAAGGAUGAGAUAUGUGAUCCUACACAUGCAUCCAUCAGUGGGUUUGACUUGGAGUCCAGUGGAGAGUUACCAAGUGUGGAGAAAAUGCUGGCCACUACUGAUGCCAAUAAAUUUAGCUCUUACUUACAGCUAAGGCAAAUGGAGCCAGAAAAGGAGAAACAGUCUGCAAGUGAAGAAGAGAAGGAAGGAAAGGAAGACAAAGAGAAGGUUCGCCCACGAAGCAAAGGGAAGAAGAAUGCCUACUCAAACUCUGUGCAGAAGAUGAAAUGUCCAUACUGUCCUCGGGUGUUCCCUUGGACCAGUUCUUUACAGAGGCAUAUGCUAACACACACAGGCCAAAAGCCGUUCCCUUGUCCUCAGUGCGAUGCACUGUUCUCCACCAAAUCCAACUGCGAGCGCCACCUCCUUCGUAAGCAUGGCUUAUCCAGUCGCAACACACUGCAGAACACUGGGUCAUGCCCAAAAACCAAGGCUGAUGAUGGGUCACAGGGAAGUACAGAUGGUGUUUCUGAUGCUGAGCCUGCUGUCAUGGUAGAUGAAGAUGAUCUUAAAAAAGAGGACAAAACCAUAACUAAUGACAUGGACUUGACAGAGCAGGAUAAAGACAUAACCACAGAAUCCCCCGAGUUGACGGAAGAUCUAAAAAGCUCACAAUCUGUUGAGAACUUUCACUUGAACAACAACGAGAACAGUGAUGACUCUCAGAGCAACAAGAGCCUGGAUUUGAAUGUUGCCAGCAAACCAACAGAACACAAAAUGUCAGAAACUGAGCGGGAACAGCCAGAGGCUACAGAACCUGCAGUGGAACCAGAGGGUCCACCAUCAGAGGAAUUUCCUCACACAUGCAGUACCUGCAAAAAGACCUUCCGGCAUGCGGCCACCCUCAGCCGGCACCAGAAGAUUCAUUUGCAGGACAACCAAAAUGAAGAUGGGGAACGGAAAGGAAGAAAUCAACCUGCGGUAUCCAGUCAAUCUAUUGACACCAGCACCUCGCCAAUAAAGGAAGGUGAGCAGGAAACGGGUGAGGCUGAGAAAGAGGAGAACAGCAGCGUUGUGGAAAGUGGUGCUGAGGAAGAGGAAAAGGAGGGACAGAAAGAGGAAAGAAAUGAAGAAGAAGAGGGUGGCUCUUCCGAGCUUGAAUCACCAGGAAGUAGACCUGACAAGAGGAAGAAGAAGAUCUGCAGUGUGUGCAGCAAACGUUUUUGGAGCCGGCAAGAUUUGACCAGACAUAUGCGUUCACAUACUGAUUUAGGAGAAAGACCAUAUCAGUGCCAAACAUGUGACCGGACCUUCACUUUAAAACACAGCCUGGUGAGGCACCAGCGUAUUCACCAGAAAACCCCAGAUGACCGAGGAACAGAUGAGGCUGACGGAGCAAGAGACGAUAGUGCUGUGGAUGGGGAAGAUCUACGAUGUUCUUCUGGAAGUGAGAGCGAGACGGCUCCUUCUGAAAACAAGACCUCCAAGGCGGAGAAUGGCAAACAAGCAGAGGAAACCGAAGAGAAGGUGGACGAUAAUGGGAUUAAAGAAGAGGAAGUUUCUGCGCCAGAGGCUUCCAAAAAACUUCAAACGAAGGAGCUCGAUGAAUUGGAUACUAAGGCCCCAGAACCCAAAGAUGCAGCAGAUCCCAGUCUUAAGGAUAACCAGGGAGCUGUAGACAAGCCAGUUGUCUAAGACGUGUUGACUCUGUCCAUCCUGUGCCAUACUUCCAUGAUCUUACACGAACACUAAAAAGACGAUGCAGAGUCGAGCGUCUUUGCGCGGACGUUUAUAAUGCGAGCAAAAUGCAAAACUGGAAACUUUCUCUCAAUGCCUUAAUGAUUCUUUUGUUCCCCCAGAGAUUUAGAUCCACUGCACAGUAUCAUUUUUAAUCAAAUGUAUAUGAUUGUGUGUUUUUUUUUAAUUAAUUCUAUAAUCCUUAUAUCAAAAUAAAUUAGUCUUUUGUAUGAUAAAUUGAUGAUUUAUAUUAGCACCGUCAUAUGUAUUAUUCUUAAGUCAAUUCCACUUUGUUUUUAGUCUUCUCGAUAAGUUUUGCUCAAGUGCCUGAGAGCAUAUCUCUCUGAACCUUCGUUCCGAAUAGGCUUCUUUAGGUUUCGGAGGUGUCCUUGGUUCACUCAGUGGCCUAGAAUACUUUUGGUUAUCAGUUUGGGUGAUCAUUAGUCAAUGUUUCUUGGCAAUAUUUGCCAGUUUUUGUACAUUUUCUUCCUCUAUCGAAGCUCACUGAUAAACGAUGCUCUCUGGCCUUGUGGUGCGUUGAACUUAGAACGUAACUAGUGGUUGAGACAGCGCCCCCUGGUGGUUUGGGGUGUAAAGCCUGACAUUCAGACACUGCCUUUAGGCGAAAGCUUGUUAUUAAGGACACUUGGUUUAAGAAUUUAAGAACACGGAUCCGUACGAUCCGCUUCGAAUGCACUUGAACGAUCCGGUGGACGUUUUAGUCCCUUUUCUUUUUCGGCACCAAUUAAAAUCAAGCCAAGGUUUUACACACAACGCAUCAGACAGCAGUGUGCUUUGCAGUACACAUUGCAUUUAAUCCCAAUCUGGCUCAUCGGAGUCUUUUCUAUGUUUUAAGCGCAGUGAUGUUUGUGCUGUGGGUUUUAUACUUGAAAUCGCCCUGCUGUUUGCCUCGACUUAUACAACUGUGCUGUUCACACUGCCUCCUACUUUUCAUAUCCGUCUCUUUAGUACCUCUGCAGUUAGCCAAUCUAACCUCAUAAACCUCUAAUUAGUUGAAUGAAGUUUGUCUUUAAGAUGAUCAACAAGGAAAUGCUGCGUGUUGGAGCCAAAAACUAUGCAACAGACAUGUGCUGAUAAUCGGUUACACAACGCAAUAUUGGUGUGUGGGUACUUUCUAAUGCUGCCUCGCAGAAAAACCCAGAAAAGUAGGCAGCGUAUAUUUUUGCAGCAAAUGUGCCUCUUUUGAUAAAGGGACACUUUAUUUUUAAUAGAACAUAUCACAUGCCUUCUAAAUGAACAAUAAGACAGUUCCCGAAUAAUGUUCAAUUCCUUUACAUAUUUAACUUUACUGUUCAUUUCCUUUAAAGAAAGGCUAACAAACUGCUGGGCUUCAACGAACAGGUUUGGUGAACUUGCGGAAAAACAAAUCAUUUUUCUACUAUGGUGUGUUUGAGAAAUGUGUGCGCUUGCUUGUAGUGUAUAGUGUGUAUGCGCAGGUCUAUCAAAGAUAAGGAGAACACACUGAAUAUUUUAUGUAUUUAUUGAUAUGAGUGCUCGGAGCUAACAUGGACUCCCGUAUGAACGCAGAGGAGAAAUCGGAAACAAUGACUGUAGCGCUGAACAAUCUUGAAGUUCUUUAUAUUAUCACUUAUUUUAUGGUUAUGAUUAUGACGCCUUGAGCUAUUUGCCAUAGAUUGUUUUAUUAAUGUGUGUGUUUGUUUGUUUGUUUGUUUGUUUGUUUGCAUUAAUUCAGUUAAAUCAGUCCCCACCAAUACACACAUGCAUUAACUAAAUAUAUAAUUAUUAUUAAAGCCCGAGCUUGAAUUAGCAGUAGAGUUAGUGAUUUUUUGCAUGUCUAAUUAAAAUGGGUGGUUACCAGUUCUUCUCUUUCUCAGGGGCUCCUCAAAUUAUGCAUACUUAAAAUCAUCUGCUUUGUGGAAAGAAAUUCUCGUUUCUGCAGCAGGCUAGAGCGAUCACUACAGUUGCAUCAUAUAUGCAUAUGAAUGUGAAUUCACCUCAAUGUUCAUCAUCCUCCUCCUCCUCCUCCUCAUCCUCUGUAAUUCUGCAUGUUUCGCCGAUUUGUUUUGAGCACUGUAACAACAAAUGCAUUUGUUAAAGGGAUUGCAAACGUUUGUCUCUCCUGUCCAGUUUUACUUUUAGGAAAGUUCUUAUUGAUUUUUGUUUUGUUUCUGUACACGACCCUAUUUGAACUCAUUCAAACAAUAAAUAUACACUAAGAAAGAGUGAGAA